AUGCGGUGGAUCAAGUUCCUGCUCUGUAGUCUCAACUUUAGUUUUCUGUUAACUGGUGUAACUAUUGUCUUGAAAAGCAAAGCCAUACACGAUGUACAUAAUCAGUUCGAUUACUUCUUCAACUCCAGCUACAUUUCACCAAUUGUCCUCCUUAUCACCGCUGGAGUGUUUUUUAUCGCCGUAUCUAUUUUCAGCUGCUAUGGUGUAAUAAAAGAAAGCACCUGCAUGGUUUUGACUUCUGCGUUUCUUCUAUCUACGGUGCUCAUACUUGAAUUUGUGGCAUCAGUAGCUCUCUAUGUUGCCAGAGACAAUAUUGCUGAUCACCUGAAAAGCAAAAUCAGUGAUGCCAUGCACCAGUAUGACAAUAAUUCCGAGGCUAAGAAGGCUGUAGAUUUUCUACAGGGUCAUCUUCAGUGCUGUGGAUGGAACGGACCAGAUGACUGGAUAGGUAUUGAUGGGCGAACAUCUAUUUACAGAGUUCCAUGUUGGACUAGGCUUUGCAAAGAAAAUGAAUUCUCGUGCUAUAACUUGGUAAAUCAAGGCUGUUUCGGAGAAUUGGGUAAAAUCGCAAAAAAUAGAGCAUCAUACCUGACCACUGCGGCUUCAAGCAUUAUUCUCAUUCAGUUCCACAAUCAAACGAUCCCUAAUUACACCAAUGAAUGGUUCGUUGGCGAGGGUCUGUCUUUGAUGUCAGCCAUUAUAGCCAUUACCAAAUUGAAUGCCAGGAUCAAACAGUUCCAAACGAGGGACUGCGAGAAAAUCACACCCUAG